UCUGCCGCUAGAGGACAGACCCUACAUUAUUACUUCAAUUGCUAUGUAAGUUUAUUUAUCUUUUAGCUGGUUUUCUUUGCGGUUUUUUUUUCGCCCAUACUGGUUCUGUGAUUCGCUCCUCAGUGUAUGUUUCUCGAUUUCUGGCGUAAUUAAGGAGUGCUCCUCGUGUUGAGACUGCAGCUCAAGUUUUGGUCUUGGCACUCCGUGACUUGCCUUCCAGGCCCCUUGCGCACCACUGCUGCUCCACCCAUCUUGUUCUGGUUGCCACAGCAGUGCACUCGUUCCCUCCCGGGGACCCGGCAACCCCUGGAAGGCGACAUUCCUGGCUGCGCCUGCCCUUGGGAAGGGCACCUGCUGCUGCUGACCGGUGGGGACUCGUUUUUGGACGUGCGGAGGAGUGGACCUGGUGACCCUGGAGGCCCUGGACGUUCUGGCUGGCCCUGGCGACCUCCGGAUGCUGGAUGGUGCUGGCGAGAGUCUACAGCUCAUUUUCUUGCCUGGCUCUUCGCCUGCUGCAUGCCUGGCCCGGUCGUCACUGCCUGUUGACGACGUCAUCGGGCUCCGGUCACCGUCGUGACCGCAACGCCGUUGUCGCCUGCCGCCAGGCCCACCUCGUUCUGCCCGGCCCUGCUGCUGCCCGCCGGUCCCGCUGCCAUGGAUCCCGCCCGCCCGAGUUCCGCGAGGAGUCGUCGUCUUGGGUGGCGCCUCGCUCCUGCCCCUUCUGGCUCCCCGGCACCACCCCCUCCUCAGCGACCUCGGCACGGGACUUGGAUUCCCCUGCAGCGGGCCCCUCUUUGCUGGCAUCCACUGUGUCGCCCUCGUCUGGACCGGCUGGUUUGCAAGCACCGGCGUCUUCACGCCCUGCUAUCCCGGUGCAACCACGCCAGCCGAUCCUGGACGGCGACGUUCUUUGGGUCUACCUCCCUACCCCGGUAGAGCUGCAGUGUCCGGUCAGCGACUGGAGCAUCAAGUACAGCGGGGCCAAUUGGACGUCCCGCGUGCAGUCGGUGCGCCGCCACGUGGAAUUCGAGGACUUAGUUCGUGUUAACAAUCGAAUUCACGUGUGCUCGGUGUGCGACUCGCGACUGACGUCCCGGCCCUCGUACCACCGCUGUCUGGCCACGGCUACGCUGGCGCCUUCGUUGGAGGCGCCUUGGUGUCGCUGUGGUGUCUGUGAUGCCACGUUAACCAGGCUGGGCCUUCUGGCACUGCUCGUCCUCUGUCCCCGGUUCGCCGGCACCAAGGCAGCCACGUUAACCAGGCUGGGCCUUCUGGCACUGCUCGUCCUCUGUCCCCGGUUCGCCGGCACCAAGGCAGCCAAGGAAGGUGAUGUUCGUGGCUCCAGAUGCCGUCGUGCCAACUGUUGAGAUGGCUUUGGAAAGUGUUGAGGGAGAACCUAGGCGUCCAGCUGUGCCCUUGCCACAAUCAUUAAUACCCACAUCAUUUGAAAUUGAAACAUGUUCAUGUGAAGCAAUAGAACUGAGAUCAGAAGCUGCU